AUGAAUAAAGUGAUUGAUGAAAAUGGAAAAAGGAGGGUAGAAGAAUUUCUAACAUGUUCAGAUAUAAGCAAGCAUAAUAUGAGGAAAAUCAUAGUCAUGAAUGAUAAGAGAAAACAGAAAAUGACAUUACUAAAAAAGCUGAACAUUCAUUUUAACAGUACACAUGAAAUGGUCAUGAAAAGAGAAAAGAAGAAGAAAAUAAAAUUAAUUAUUGAUAACUUUCUACCAAUAGGUUUAAAUGGUGAAAUGGAACAAUCGAAGAAGUUCAUCUAUCGUAAUGUUAUCAGUUCGAGGGAGGGAUAUUCACCACAGAGUGUACAAAAUGGAAUCAUAGAAAAUAGUGCAAGCAGUGUUGACAAUGAAAGUGAUGUGUAUCAUAUGAGUCAUAUGAAAAGAAAAAAAAUGAAAAAAAUAUUGUACGACUUUUUCUACAACACUUUAAUAUUUUGCAUUAAAAAAAACCUGUCUGUUGUUGAAAUAUCUACGUAUAUGUCCAUUCAGAAAAACAUUUUUUUUAAAUUUGUGAGUGGCAAUGACAAUGUUGUUAAUCUUUUUUCAUAUUUCAAAAAUAUUAUGUUACACCAUUCUAUCAACAGAUCACCAAAUUAUGUCAAAGUAUUUUCAUACUCCUCGCUUAAGUUAUUAAUGAAGUAUACAUUAAAUACAUUUUUUAAACAUUUUUUUUUAUACAAGUUUAUUUUCCGUCCUAUUUAUCAAAUAACUUUUGAGGGCAAGGAUGACGAAUUCGAUCAGCUUGAAAUGGCUGAAGAGAUUUGUUUCAAUGAAGAUGCCUUGAUCUGCACUUUGGACACACACCCAGGGAGGGACCACGUGAGGGAAUUAGUCAACUUGUCUGUCGGGGAAAUAAAUGAUGUGAAAUUUGGUGAAAGUCGUGAAGAUGUAUUCGCAAAAGAAUUAUUAACGUAUUUAGACAAAUUUCAAAUACAAAAGGAGCCAUCCACAUUCGAAAUAAAUAAAUGUAAAAAGAAUAAAAACUUACAAAAGUUGUAUAAACGCGUGGAAAACUAUAAUCAGGUAGAAGAUCGGGAGAAAAAGGGUCCCGAGAAAUACAAUUCUUACAGGGAUUCAUUUACCAGGGAAAAAAUGGAUAAUUUAUACAAUGACUUGGAGGCACGAAUUAUUCAUCGAUUGAGUGCCCAUUUGGGGUAA